UGCAGCUGCGGACGCUAUCGGAUUGUUUGCUAAACAAAUUUUACGUUGCAUCACCAUGGCUCCGGCGCAACAGAACAUUGAAGUUUGCACAGAAGUAAUGGAACCUGCAUUGGAAUUAAGACUCACGUCUGAUGGAUGUAAAGACGAAAAUAAUGUGGAGCACUCCAAAAAUAACAACACAGUCAAACAAAAUAAUAUAUUAAACGAGAAAACCAAUAACGAAACAGACUUUGACAUCAGCAAAUAUGAAGCAAUGGAGUUCACGCCACGGAUCAGGUGGCCGGACCUUGUAGUUCAAGUGUCGCUACACUUAGUUUCAAUUUACGGAAUUUUCCUCAUAGUAACUAAUGAAGUCAAACUUCUGACUACGUUGUUCGCUUUAGCCACCAUUUACACGUCGGGAUUUGGAAUAACCGCGGGUGUACAUAGACUGUGGUCACAUAGAGCUUAUAAGGCGCGAACGCCUUUACGAAUACUGUUGGCUUUUCUCUUUACCAUCACAGGACAGCGUGAUAUUUACACGUGGGCUUUGGACCAUCGUGUUCAUCAUAAAUAUUCGGAGACGGUGGCAGACCCCCACGAUGUCCGGCGAGGUUUCUGGUUUGCCCACGUGGGCUGGCUCGUCUUGACACCACAUCCUGCAGUUGAAGAUCGCAGGGUGGCUCUGAGGAAGUGUUCAUUAGAUCUAAUAGAAGAUCCCGUUGUUAGGAUACAGCAGAAAAUCUUCAUUCCACUUUUUCUGCUGCUGAAUAUCCUCAUCCCAAUCUGGAUACCAUGGUACUUUUGGAAUGAAAGCCUGGUGACGAGUUUCGUUAUUAGUUUUGUUCUUCGAUUCACGACCACUUUGAAUAUCGCCUUCUCCGUGAACAGCUUUGCGCAUCUAUGGGGAAACAAACCGUAUGACAGGUUUAUAAAACCAGCAGAAAACAGUGUAGUGAGCCUUGCAGCACUCGGAGAAGGCUGGCACAACUACCAUCACGUGUUUCCGUGGGACUACAGAACCUCAGAACUUGGAAGAAUAAAUGUUUCCACGAAUUUCAUUGAUUUCUUCGCUAAAAUCGGAUGGGCUUAUGAUCUUAAAGCGGCCACAUCGUCGAUGAUUGAAAUCGAGCUAAGAGGAGCGGUGAUGGCACUUUAGGCGAAUCGGAAGAACCCGAAACUAAUUCAAAACAACAUUUUGACUAAAACUACUUACUUGAACCAUCAUUGUAAACCAAACUUGAUAAUCCAAAGUAACCAAUUAAA